AUGGCGGAGAUAAGGAGGUACACAUUAGCAGAAGUGGCGCAGAACAAGGGCAAGGGCGGCGGGCCGCUGUGGAUCGUGUACAAGGAUGUAGUGUACGACCUCACCAACUACAUCGCUGAGCAUCCCGGCGGAGUGGACAGCAUCAUGGAGGAGGCUGGCACGGACUCCACGAAGGCGUUCGAUGAGUCGGGACAUACUCCUGACGCUAAAACCAUCAUGGCCAAGUACAAGAUAGGGGAGAUUGUGGAGGAGGAGAAACGGUAUGACGCUAACGGGAAGAAAAAGAAAAAAAUGGUGCAGGCGGCUCCUGAGGGCUCCUCCAGGAGUUGCAUCAGCAUCAUCACGUGCGGCCUGAUGGGAUGA